GUAAGGUCGGAUGCUGAAUAAUGUUAUUACAAGCUGUUUCAAGAAAUUCCUUUCUGGAAAGCGCUUUAAGUUCGAGGAAGAUGUUGAGGGGGUCAUAAGAAUGCUGGAGACGAAGGGAAUUACGUAAAAAGAAUGAAAUCAUUUUCCAUUAAAAAUCGCAAUCUUUCAUUGUCAAGACGGGAACUGAUUCAACUCAAAAAUUGUGAACAAAGUUACAUUCGUAGGAGAACCAUAUUCAAUUUAACACAUCCACUUUGUGGUGCAUCAUGGAUACAAAACGGUAAUAAAGGAGGUAUUUAAAAUGAACAAUAAAAGAUAUGUCAC